GUCGCGCGUCUUCCACAGGCUAGACGCCACUGCUGCGCCAUCAUUUGUCGAACAGAAGCCUCGAGCAGAUCUACACACCAAAGACAGCCACCGCUGCGUCAUGGCCGCGAUGAUGGAGACGGAUGAGGACGCGGAGCUAGCCCUGCUCGGCAGCGAGGAGGACGACGAGCAGACGCUGCGCAGCUUCCUCGACGCCUUACCGAGGGACGCCACGAAGCGCAACGCAAGUGUAGCGACCUUUCUCGGCGAGACGUGCCCGCCGGCCAAGCUAUUGCUGCGCGCGGCGCUGUGGGCCGUCGACGGGCCGCGCUGCGCCCGCGACGCCCUUCGAGCCGUCUCGGCUACCAAGAGCGGCGCGCAACUCAUCAGCAAGGAGCACACUCUAUUAUUCCGGGGCUUCGCGCACGGCGCGCCGGCGGUGCGCAAGGAGACCUGCGCGACCGUCGAGGCCCUGGCCAAGGCCGGCACCACAGUUCAAUUCUGCGCGGCAGCGGCACCGUCUGUCGGCAAGGCGGCCGUCGACGACGACGCGGGCGUCGCCGAAUCCGCGGCGAACGCGGCGCGGGCCGUCGCAAAGGCGGGCUUCGUCGACGAGGCGAUCGCGGCGGUCGACGAGGCGACUCGGGCGGCGCGGGGCAGCCUGGAGCUCGUCCGGGCGUGCGACGUCGCCUGCGGCGUGGCCGUGGCCUGCGGCGACGCGGCGUGGGACCGGCGGUUAAUAGCGUCGACGUGUCGCAUCGCGUGCGUCGGCGCCGCCGAGGACCCUCUGUUGCGACUGGCGGCCCUCGAGCUCCUGCAGGGCCUGAGCCGCUCGCGGCGCGCGGUCGAAUUGCUCUGCACCGACGGCUACCUCGCGAAGCUCAUCCACGUCGCGGAACAGGACGACGGCUACGGCUGCGACCAGCAGGCCCUGCGCGCGGCUUCUCGAGUGCUCGCGGCGGCCGACACCGAUUCAUUCGCGCGCGCGGCCCAAGACGGCUGCGUCGCGCGGUUUUUUGACCUGGCCUUUGCGCGCUUGGAGCGCGGCGGCGACGCCGACGGCGCCGAGGACUACGUGUGUGCGUGCGUGGCGCUGGGCGGCUGGCUCGAGAGCAGCGCCGACGCCGCCGACGCCGUCUUGUCAAAUACGACAUUAGUAGACGCGUGGCUCGCGCCGCCUCCAGCCCCGAAACGUUGUCAAGCCGCACGCUUGAAAUCAUUAACGCAAGCCAUGAGCCCGCGCGUCUGGGCCGAGCUCGUCAAGCGGGGCGCGGACGCGGCCCUGGCCAAGGCCAUCCGGGACGGCGACGACGACGUGCGCUUCGCGGCGUGGGCCUGUUGCACCGCGGCCGUGCGGUCGAGCCCGGACGCGCUCGUCCGGUUAUUAUCACAUGCGGGCGUGUACGAGUUUUUGGUGAGCGGCCCACCGCCCGACGACGCGAUCGAAGCCAAGAGGAUCAAGCACGAUUUCGUGUGCGCCGUCGCGGAGCGGUCGGGCGGCAUGGACGAUAGCGCGCGGCGCGCCGUCGAGGCGGCCGCCAACGCGGGCCCUUUUAGAAGGGCUCCGGGGACCGUGUCGCCGGAGGUCGCGCUCGCGUCGCGGUAAGAACACAGACUAUA